AUGCUACCUCCAAGUGAGGGAGAAGUCAGAAUGUUGCCCUCAGAACCGACAUCAACAACAACAAUAACAAGUGUUUCAACAGAUGACGUAGAUGGCAAAAAGACUGUCACAUACCUUUUCGAGGAUAGCCGAAAGCAAAAUUUAAGAUUGAGAAGAACCAAAUCUGUAGCUAGGGCAGAAGAAAUCACAAAAGAAGCUGAAAAAGUCAGGAAAUCACAACCAGAUAAACCGUGUCAUAGGCCUAGAGAUUCAUUAUUCUCAUGGUCUUCUGAGUUUCGUGACUUUACAGGACUUGUCAACUGGGGUUUCCUGCUGCUGCUGAUGGGGGGACUCAGACUCUCAUUGGAAAAUUUACUCAAGUAUGGAAUCCGUAUCGAUCCUUUCCAGUGGUUAAUUGUCCUCAACGGUGGUACUGCCGAAUUCAGCAUCGAGAAUCCCUCAGUCUUUCUUUUUAUAUAUAUAAAUGUCCAUAUAUUAUUUACAUUGUGGGUUGAAAAGCUGUUGGUCAAGGAACGAAUUGUAUGGAAUCAAGCCUUGCUGCUUCACGCCUGCAAUUUGUUUUUGAUAAUAUUGAUCCCAGUCAUUUCCAGUUGGACACUCAAAGAUAAAUUUGGCCUUGUUGGACUCACACUGCUUUGCACUGUUUACACCAUCACAUUCCUGAAACUGUGGUCUUACGUUCACGUAAACUAUUGGUGUCGCCUCGUCAGAAGCAAAAGUCAACACCGUCGCAGAGCAUUUUCCGUUGCUCACCCGUAUCCUGUUGAUAUUGACAAUGGGAAAGCCGUGGACGAAAUGGUGUCCUAUCCAAACAAUUUGAGCGUCCGUGACCUGUACUUUUUCAUGGUGGUCCCGACGUUAUGUUACGAACUCAAUUUUCCGCGUACUUCACGCAUUCGCAAACGCUUCUUGAUUAAGCGUGCGAUUGAAGUAUUUCUCGGAAUGCAAGUCGUCCUCGGUCUUUUUCAGCAAUGGAUUAUUCCCAGCGUCAAAAAUUCGCUUCAGACAUUUUCGAAAAUGGAGCCCAUACCAGCAACAGAAAGAUUGUUGAAAUUAGCGAUUCCAAAUCAUCUACUGUGGCUGGUCUGGUUUUAUCUCUGCUUCCAUUCCUAUUUCAAUAUGUUGGGUGAAGUUCUCAGGUUCGCCGACCGUGAUUUUUAUGGAGACUGGUGGAACGCAACAAACAUUGAUGUGUUUUGGCGCUCGUGGAAUAUGCCAAUUCAUCGUUGGGCUGUCAGGCAUUUGUACAUGCCGCUGAUUGAAAGAGGUUAUGGCAAAACCCUCAGUUCAGUAUCCGUCUUCUUCCUCAGCGCGUUUUUCCACGAGUAUCUGGUCAGCGUUCCUUUACGAAUGUUCAAUUUGUGGGCUUUUUGCGGAAUGAUGAUGCAGAUACCACUGUCCGCUUUGUCUCAGUUUGUGGAAAAAAAAGCUGGUCAGCGUCUAGGUAAUGUUUUGGUGUGGAUGUCACUCAUUCUCGGUCAACCGCUCUGCAUCAUGAUGUAUUACCACGACUAUGUUAUUACUCAUUUUGGAAAAGACCUUAUGGAACAAUUCAGUCGAAUGCGGUAAAUUGCAAACAUUCUUCAUUUAUGGUGCUAUGGUGAUUUUUUUAUUACUAGUUAUAUUUGCUGGUCUAAAACCAUUGUUCUUGACUGACUCAUUCUCCCAUUUGUUUUGUUUUGGGAAAGGAAUCUUCCUCUGUCAUUCCGCACUUUGAAAUCCCUCUGUUGUUGUUAUGUCAAAUAGUGUACUCAAAUACUUGUGAUUCGCCUUGGGGUUCUUGUUCUUAAUUUCACCUUGUUGUCCAAUAAAUGAACUAUGGAUUUCCUUGCAA